AUGAACUCACCUGAAAUCUGCACAGAGAUCGUUAAGUGUCUCGGGAUUGUGUGGACAGACAAAAUGUUUCUCGACUUUACAAUCAAGAUACACGAUGACACAAUCACAUGUCAUAAGCUCGUUCUUGCUGCCUGCUCUGAAUUUUUCCAAGCGUUGUUUCGAUCAGGAAUGAGGGAGGUCAAAGAAAACUGCGUUGUGUUAAAAGAUGUUUCCUAUGAAAUAUUUCAGUUGAUUCUGAAAACACUUUACACAGGUGUCAAUGUUUUAACGUUGGAUAAUUUCAUUCACGUUUGGAGGGCUGUGCACAUGUUGCAGAUCAACUUUAUGGUGAAAAUGUGUGAAAGAUUUGCUAUUGCGUCCAUAACGUUAGACAACUGGGAAUACAUUUAUACAACAUCUAAGCUUUUAGGUUCGACUAUUGUUCUAGAGAGUCUUCAUAGAUUCAUGUUACAAAACUUUGAUCAAAUAAGUCUUUCAUCAACAUAUCUACAAUUGCCGUUCAGUGAUAUUCGGGAUUUGAUAAAAAGCCAAGAUUUAGCUGCUAGUAGUGAAGAUAUUGUGUUAGAAUCUGUGAUACGAUGGGUGGGUUGCUGUACUCCCAAUAAUAAAUACUCGCUCGUUAAAAGUAGGAAAAUAGUAUUUGGUGUUGGUGAAGAGAGUAACGAGCUAGAGAAAACACACUCUGAUAUUACUAUUGAUAUUGCAAAGAACGUGAUUGUAUCUAGAAAAGACAAUCUAACAGAACUGAUACAAUUGGUGAGGACAUAUCUUGUAAGUCCGUCUGUUUUAUCACGCGUCUAUCAACACGAAUUGUGUUCUGAAAAUAAAGACUUUAGAGAUAUAAUCGUCAGUGCUUUGUCGUACCACGCUCAUCCUACAAGAGACGGCCUGUGGCCAUCAGCGGCUGUGCACAGAUCUAGUAGCAGCUAUACACACGUUGGGGUUUAUGUGAAACGUUACGGACAGUUUAGGGCAAUCAGCGCCUGCGAUGAGAAGUGGUACGGCCUGUCAACGUGUGAUGAGUUAAAAGACAGCAUCCAGCUGGUCACCUACGAUGGUGAGCUGUACGCAUCAGGGAAGUCACUCAACCAGCCGGACGGACAUUGUAAAUUGUUUGUCUUCUCUGAAAACACCUGGAAAGAAAUCUUCAAGCUGCCUGGUUAUAAUUUGUUGCUAGUUUCUCAUGGACAAUUUAUUUACCUCCUAAACAAAGAUGAUAAUGCUAUUUACAAUAUAAAUCCAAAAAGCUUGAAUAUUAAAAUGUGUACACAGUUUUCAAUGAAUGUUGAAGUUAAACAUAUGACUGUUUUUGAAAAUUCCCUAUUGCUCUUUUGUUCUGAAACUCACAACCAAAUUGACGAAACAGCCAUUCAUAAAUUUGAUCUUUUAUCUAAAGUUUGGAUGAAACUGGAAAAUUUGGAUGGACCAGCAGAACAGGUUAUCAGUUUUAGGAACGACAAAUACAGCUUCAUAUUACAGACGAAUGGCUGUCUGUGGGUUAUUUUACACGCAGCCUCCUCACAAAGCAUCGGAAGAAAAUUUGUUUCUAAACUUUGGAACUGCCAAAAGAAAUUACACGGAGCUUUGGUCUACAAUGACAAGCUGAUUGUUUUUGGCAAUGGCUCCAGCAGAGACCCACCGGAUGCAAAUAGAAGAGAAUCCGUCCCUGGAUAUAUUGAAACUAUCAAACACUGGGGCCAUGAAGCUACAUGUUCUAAUUUUGUUCCAGUUACUCUUCUAAAGAGUUGUCUAUUUCAACCUACUAACUCAAACAACACUAAAUAG